GCUGGGGGUGGCAGUGCCACCACAGGGGACCCCCUGGAGCCGCCACCCUUCGGGGUGCCCGGGAUUGUCCCAGAGUUCCCGGGACAGCGGGGACACGGGGCUGGGGUGGCACCGGUGACACGGCGGCACCGCGGAGACGGCGCCGCGGCGCCCCCCAGCGGCUCGGAGGACUGGGAAGCAGCGCCCGUUGCCGCGGUAACGGCGGCGCUGCCGUAAAGCAGAACCGGCACAGUUGGGACCGCAACGAGACAGAACCGGCACCGGUGGGACCGGAACGGGACAGAACCGACCCUGCUGGCACCGAACCGGCACCGGUGGGACCGGAACGGGACGGAACCGACCCUGCUGGCACCGAACCGGCACCGGUGGGACCAGAACGGGACCGAACCGGUACCGGUGGGACCGGAACGGGACAGAACCGACCCUGCUGGCACCGAACCGGUACCGGUGAGACCGUAACGGGACAGAACCGAACCGGGACUGCUGGGACCGAACCGCUACCGAACCGGGACGAAACCGGGACUGGUGGGACUGGACGAGGACAGAACCGGGACCGAAUCGUGACCGGACCGGGACCGCUGGAACCCAACCGGGACCGAACCGGAACCGCUGGGACCAAACUGCGGCUGGUGAGACCGAACCGGGACCGAACCGUGUCUGGUGGGACAUAGCCGGUACCGAACGGUGCCCGGCGGUACCGAACGUGCCCGGUGCCGUCGGGCCGCUCGGGUCCGCAUGGAGCCCGACGCGCUCGUGCAGUGCCCGUACGACCGGAGCCACCAGGUGCGCGUGUCCCGCCUGCCCUAUCACCUGGUGCGCUGCCAGCAGAACAACCCGCACGUGUCGCGCACCUUGGCCACGUGUCCCUUCAACGCGCGCCACCGCGUCCCGCGCGAGCUCCUGCGCGGCCACGUCACCUCGUGCCCCGACAAACUGCCGCUCGAGCUGCCCCCAGACCCCGAGGACAAGGCCAGGACAGCCGGGGGACCCCCCUAUGCCUGGCAGCCCCCCCCGUGCCAGGAGGACUGGGACGCAGAGCUGAGCGAGCUGGAGCUGGAGGAGCCCCCCCCGUUCAUCCUGCACGUCACCAAGGGGGACCUGCCUGUCCCCUGCCUCAGCUCGGACCCCGCUGUCCCCCCGGAGGGGCUGGCACCGAGGAAGCCGCGGCCGGCGACAGCAGCGCCGCCUUUGGGGACAGGCGGGCCCCGCUCGGGGACAGCGCAGCCCCGGCCGGUGUCGGCGCGCGGGGCCCGGGGGGUCCCGGGGGGUCCCGGGAGGGCCCCCCCGGCUGUCAAAUAUUUCCGGAAAUAAAAUCGCUGUCCCCGAGGCGCUGGGGGUGACGGGCGACACUGGGGGUGGGGACAGUGCCACCCCCGCGGCGGGGGAAUGCGGGGACCCCCGCCC